UGACAUAUCGUUAUUAUUUCUCCUGAAAAAUGGACUAGAUACCAUCAACGACAACAUUUAUGAGCUCGAAAUAGCCGUCUCAUUGUGGUGACUAAAGGAACGAAACGGUAGAAAAACAUCACCUGUUUUUGUUGGCGGGGGUUUGAAGGCGGAGAUGUGUAUGCUGCUCACCCGUUUGCCGCUAUUUGGAAGAUUUAAAAACAAAUACUGCGUCAGCGUGUAAAUACAGGGAUCAAAGCUAAUAUCGGCGGCAAAUAUCACAUAUCGCAUUUGUUGCUUUUUUUGCUUUAAUUACUGCAGAGUAAUGCUCGCUCAACAACAACUACAACACUGACGCUCUUUUGUUCUGAAAGAAGACAUGUAUCUACCUGGUGCGAGACAGGCGCUAAACUGCCCUAAUAAAAGGCAGACGGAUUGAGCAAUGAGGUUGUUGUUUACUGACAACAGAGGAAAAUGCGCGACGUGACAGGAGCUGCGGCGUCCAGACGGUCAUUGACAUUGCCACGAGUACGCCAGGCUUCGCCAUUUCGCCGAGCUGUACUUAGCUGAUUGGUGAAGAGAUGAUCACAUGAUGCUCCUAAAAUACGGACCAAUGGGAGCAGCGCAGGUUUGAGUCGACAAAACGGUCUGUACCUGACGGGCUGGCAGGUUUCGACGUCGUCUCCCGACGACUACACAUCGUGUUCUUGGAAGUGUGAAGAGAGAAGUUGGGGCGCCGCGGAACUGACACAGGUUCAGGUCCCCGGCCCGACAGUUCCAUCCACUUUCACGACAUUCUUCAGGACACAUCUUACGUGACUUCAGAAGGAUGAAGUUGGCGGUGUUGGUUUCGAGUCUUCUGUUAGCAGCCUGCAUCGGUGGGGCAAAUGCACAAAGCUGUCCAUCUGGCUGGAGCGCCCACGGUGCCAGAUGCUAUAAAGCCUUCGUCCACUUUCCACCAACUCAACAGGAUCCUCCACUUACAUUCGCCCAAGCACAAGCAAGGUGCGUGGCUCAGAAUGGAAGGUUAGCUCAGCCAAAAGACCAAGCUAUCGAUGACUUCAUCGUGGGAUUGCGGAACGGCAUCAACGGCAAUUGGGCCGCCUGGAUUGGGAUCACAGACACAGAAGUAGAGGAUACACACAAGUUUAUAGAUGGGGACUCUGUGACAUUCGACAACUGGGCACAAGACGAACCCAACGAUGCGCCCGGUGAAGCUGACUGCGUUGUCAUCGAGGCAGACUUAGCUUCCACCCCGGAGUUCGCAAACCAGUGGAGGGAUUAUCCUUGUGACCUCCCUCAGCUUUCCUAUAUCUGUGAAACCCUUGAUCCCUGCGAGGUAGACAAGGGCUACUGCACUGGAUCUGGAGAUCCACACUACACAACGUUCGACAACGAGCGCCAUGACUUCCAAGGAAAGUGCAGGUACACCUUUGCUGCGGACUGUGUCAAUAAUGACUUCACUGUGGAAGUGCAGAACGAAGGCAUCAAUGAGAGGCCAGUGUCAGUCACCAAGGAAGUCUACGUCAUCGCAUACGGCAUUGAAAUAGGAAUUCUUCAAGGCAAAAUUGUGAAGGUGGACGGAGUGACCACGACGCUUCCUUAUACGGAACCAGGCGGCAGGAUUGAGGUCCGCCUGACCGGCAGGGAUGUUCACGUGACGCUGGUAGAAAACUGCGUGGAAGUAUUUUUCGACGGGGAUCACCGAGUUACGGUGGCGGUUCCAACUACCUACAUGGAUAACCUGUGUGGUCUGUGCGGGGACUUCGAUGGUGACCCGUCCAAUGACCUGAAUGGCCAGAGCGAGACCGUUUUCGGAAAUUCACAUGUGAUUGACGUCCUCAAUACUUGUCCUGGAGGAGACAUCGGCCCGACUGAUGACACGCUGGUGGACUGUGACCCGGCGCUGGAGAACCAGACGUCAUCGGAGGACCAGUGCGGGAUGAUCACGGAUCCGGGCGGCCCGUUCGCCAUCUGCCACCUGGUGGUGGAUCCGCAGGGUUACUUCGAUAACUGCGUGUUUGACGUGUGCGCAUGGGAGGGGGCCGACGGACUAUGUCAGGGGCUGGAGGCAUAUGCCGACGCAUGCGUGCUGGAGGGCGUGACAGCUGGGUCCCUUGAUUGGCGAACUGCGGAAUUUUGUCGUAAGUGGAAUUCUGGUGUGAACGGGGUGCUCGUCCAUGUUCCGGCCAGCCGGGCCAGUGGCGCCAUCGACAUCAAACGGACGGGCAGGUACAUCCGGGUGGAGCUGGUGGACCUGUGCGUGGUCAUUCUCUACGAUGGGCGGCAUCAAGUCAAAGUGGAGAUCCCGAGUAACUACCAGAACCAGCUGUGCGGACUGUGCGGGAACUACAACGGCAUCAAGGGCGACGACUUCGAGAUGCCGGAUGGAACUCAAGCCUCCAACUGGAACGAGUUCGGAAAUAGCUGGCUGACCGACUUAGAAACCUGUGAUGGCGAUUCCCCGACGGGCGAUCCCCCGACCGAGGGACCGUGCGACGCGGAGUACUCGGACCCGUGCGGUGUGCUGACAGAUACGAGCGGCCCGUUUGUAUCCUGCCAUGGCACGGUGGACCCUGAACCUUACCGAGAAGACUGCGUCUUCGACAUGUGUGCUACAGAGGGAGAGUAUCUUUGCGCCAACCUGGAGGCUUACUAUGACUCCUGUAUAGGCGCAGACGUGCCUGCCUUCAGCUGGCGAGAUUCGACGUUGUGUCCUAUGGAUUGUUCAGGAAACAGCACAUACUCCCAUGACAUCAGCGCCUGCCCGGCGACAUGCGUGAACCCCGACGCCCCGGACGACUGCGACCUUCCCCGUGUAGAAGGCUGCGAGUGCGAUGCAGGCUACAUGCAGAGUGGGCUGGAGUGUGUCGAGCCGACGGACUGCGGUUGCGUGGACCUUUAUGAACACUACUAUCCGCUUGGAACGGAAUGGGGUACAGAGGACGGGAGCCAGUGCGAGUGUCAUGAUGAUUUCGGGUACCCAUUUAUCACAUGCACGCCGGUCACCUGCGACGAAGCCGGAGGCUACAGCUGGACGCUCGAGGAUGGAGUAUACGGGUGCAACUGCGUCAAAUUCUGCUGUGAUAACAAUGCAGGCUGUGAACAUACUUGCACGGACACAGACGGGAGUUUCCUCUGCUCCUGUGACGAUGGUUACGCCCUUAACGCCGACGGGCUAUCGUGUGACGAUGUGAACGAAUGUGACACUGAUAAUGGUGGCUGUGAACAGAACUGCCAUAACACGAACGGGAGUUAUUACUGUUCCUGUUAUGUUGGAUUCACUCUAAAUCCCGAUGGGUCAACUUGUGAUGAAAUCGACGAAUGCGUUGGUGUGAUCUGUCAAAAUGGUGGAACCUGCGUCGACGAAAUUAACGGUUACUCCUGCGACUGUGCUCCUGGCUAUACAGGCGAUCACUGUGAAACAGAUAUAGACGAAUGCGAGUAUAACAUGAAUUGUCUCAAUGGCGGAACCUGCGUCGACGAAAUUAACGGUUACUCCUGCGACUGUGCUCCUGGCUAUACAGGCGAUCACUGUGAAACAGAUAUAGACGAAUGCGAGUAUAACAUGAAUUGUCUCAAUGGCGGAACCUGCGUCGACGAAAUUAACGGUUACUCCUGCGACUGUGCUCCUGGCUAUACAGGCGAUCACUGUGAAACAGAUAUAGACGAAUGCGAGUAUAACAUGAAUUGUCUCAAUGGCGGAACCUGCGUCGACGAAAUUAACGGUUACUCCUGCGACUGUGCUCCUGGCUAUACAGGCGAUCACUGUGAAAUAGAUAUAGACGAAUGCGAGUAUAACAUGAAUUGUCUCAAUGGCGGAACCUGCGUCGACGAAAUUAACGGUUACUCCUGCGACUGUGCUCCUGGCUAUACAGGCGAUCACUGUGAAACAGAUAUAGACGAAUGCGAGUAUAACAUGAAUUGUCUCAAUGGCGGAACCUGCGUCGACGAAAUUAACGGUUACUCCUGCGACUGUGCUCCUGGCUAUACAGGCGAUCACUGUGAAAUAGAUAUAGACGAAUGCGAGUAUAACAUGAAUUGUCUCAAUGGCGGAACCUGCGUCGACGAAAUUAACGGUUACUCCUGCGACUGUGCUCCUGGCUAUACAGGCGAUCACUGUGAAACAGAUAUAGACGAAUGCGAGUAUAACAUGAAUUGUCUCAAUGGCGGAACCUGCGUCGACGAAAUUAACGGUUACUCCUGCGACUGUGCUCCUGGCUAUACAGGCGAUCACUGUGAAACAGAUAUAGACGAAUGCGAGUAUAACAUGAAUUGUCUCAAUGGCGGAACCUGCGUCGACGAAAUUAACGGCUACUCCUGCGACUGUGCUCCUGGCUAUACAGGCGAUCACUGUGAAAUAGAUAUAGACGAAUGCGAGUAUAACAUGAAUUGUCUCAAUGGCGGAACCUGCGUCGACGAAAUUAACGGUUACUCCUGCGACUGUGCCCCUGGCUAUGAAGGCGAUCACUGUGAAACAGAUAUAGACGAAUGCGAGUAUAACAUGAAUUGUCUCAAUGGCGGAACCUGCGUCGACGAAAUUAACGGUUACUCCUGCGACUGUGCUCCUGGCUAUGAAGGCGAUCACUGUGAAACAGAUAUCGAUGAAUGUACGCUUGGUACGGACAACUGCGACGAAAACGCAAGCUGUGAGAACACACCUGGAUCGUUCACCUGUACCUGUGACGACGGUUACACCGGGGACGGGGUCACCUGUACUGAUACCGAUGGAUGCAAUCCCGAUCCGUGUGUUACGAUGGCUACUUGUACCGACAACGCGGCUCCCGAGACGGGUGCAGUCUGUACCUGUCCGCCAGGGUAUCACGGUGAUGGUAAAGUUCAUGGCACCGGAUGUACAGACAUCAUGGGCUGCACGCCCAAUCCGUGUGCUUACAUCGCUACUUGCGAAGAUGUUCCUGCUCCAGGAACCGGUGCAGUUUGUACCUGCCCGUAUGGAUAUGAGGGCGAUGGAACAAUGGGUGGGACCGGGUGUACAGAUAUCGAUGAAUGUACGGAUGGUACCCACAACUGUGACGAAAACGCAAGCUGUGAGAACACCGUCGGAUCGUUUACCUGUACCUGUAACGACGGUUUCACCGGGGACGGAGUCACCUGUACUGAUAUCGACGAAUGUACGGAUGGUACCCACAACUGUGACAAUAACGCAAGCUGUGAUAACACACCUGGAUCGUUCACCUGUACCUGUAACGACGGUUACAGUGGGAACGGAGUCACCUGUACUGAUAUCGAUGAAUGUACGCUUGGUACGGACAACUGCGACGAAAACGCGAGCUGUGAGAACACACCUGGAUCGUUCACCUGUACCUGUAACGACGGUUACACCGGAGACGGAGUCACCUGUACUGAUAUCGAUGAAUGUACGGAUGGCACGGACAACUGCGACGAAAACGCAAGCUGUGAGAACACACCUGGAUCGUUCACCUGUACCUGUAACGACGGUUACACCGGAGACGGAGUCACCUGUACUGAGGACGGCUGCAGCAGUGACUCUAGUGAAAGCAGCAGUGGGUCCAGCAGCUCAAGCAGUGGCUCCGGGGGUUGUAGCAGUGGCUCCGGCAGCAGCAGCAGCUCCGGCAGCAGCAGUGGCUCCGGUAGCAGCAGUGGCUCCGGUAGCAGCGGUGGCUCCAGUAGCAGCAGUGGCUCCGGUAGCAGCGGUGGCUCCGGUAGCAGCAGUGGCUCCAGUAGCAGCGGUGGCUCCGGUAGCAGCGGUGGCUCCAGUAGCAGCGGUGGCUCCGGUAGCAGCGGUGGCUCCAGUAGCAGCGGUGGCUCCAGUAGCAGCAGUGGCUCCGGUAGCAGCGGUGGCUCUAGCUCUGGAGGCGGCGGCAGCAACUCGGACUGCCUUUCUGCCUGUAUCUCAAUCUGUGAGUCUCAAACUCAGUCAGUCUGUGACUCAGAAACCAGUUUGUCAUUCUGCCAGUCUGUCUGCAUAGCAGUUUGUGAGUCUGACGAUUUCCCAGUCUGUGUCCCUGACGAUGACUCCAGUGGCUCAAGUAGCAGUGGCAGUGAAUCCAGCGGCAACGGUGGCGGCGGCGGUGGUGGCAACGGUGGCGGCGGUGGCGGCAACGGCGGCGGCAACGGUGGCGGCAACGGUGGCGGCAAUGGUGGUGGCAACGGUGGCGGCAACGGUGGCGGUGGCGGCAACGGUGGCGGCAACGGUGGCGGCGACAGUUAUGGGAAGACCAGUAUAGGAUUCCAUAAGAAAUGA